CUCCCUCCCAGUCACCCGUAACAACCACUCGAGCCCUCGGCGCGCCCCUCGGCGCUCCCGCCCCGGCCCCCGUCCCCGGAACCGGCGGUCUAGCGGCGGCAGCCGAGCCUGUGGCACGGCUCUCUCCCCGCGGAGCCGCCGGCAUGAACGCAUCCCGCCGUCCCGCGUCCCCGACCCGGUCCUUUUGACAAGAGGAGUAAGAAGAUUGCUAUUGAAUUACAACCAUGGUGCAAAAAUACCAGUCCCCAGUGAGGGUGUAUAAGCACCCCUUUGAGUUAAUUAUGGCUGCCUAUGAGAGGAGGUUCCCUACAUGUCCUUUGAUCCCAAUGUUCGUGGACAGCGACACUGUGAGCGAAUUCAAGAGUGAAGAUGGGGCUAUUCAUGUCAUCGAGAGGCGCUGCAAGCUGGAUAUCGACGCUCCCAGGCUGCUGAAGAAGAUUGCAGGAGUCGAUUAUGUUUAUUUUGUCCAGAAAAACUCCCUGAAUUCUCGAGAGCGCACUUUGCACAUCGAGGCGCACAACGAGACGUUUUCUAACCGGGUCAUCAUCCACGAGCACUGCUGCUACACGGUUCACCCUGAGAACGAAGACUGGACCUGCUUCGAACAGUCGGCAAGUUUAGAUAUCAAAUCCUUCUUUGGUUUUGAAAGCACAGUAGAAAAAAUUGCCAUGAAACAAUAUACCAGCAACAUUAAAAAAGGGAAAGAAAUCAUCGAAUACUACCUGCGGCAGCUGGAGGAGGAGGGCAUCACCUUUGUGCCCCGGUGGACCCCGCCCUCUCUGCAGCCCUCGUCAGAAACACUGUCGUCAAGCAAGAGUCAAGCCACAUCUUCCGCUGUCCUUGUCCCAGAUGCUGCUGCCCUCAAGGAGGGGCUGAGUGGGGAAGGCAUCAGCAGCCCAGGCCCAGCAUCUGAGCCUGUGGUAGGAACCCCUGACGACAAGCUAGAUGCCGACUACAUCAAGAGAUAUUUGGGUGACCUGACCCCGCUCCAGGAGAGCUGCCUCAUCCGACUGCGCCAGUGGCUCCAGGAGACGCACAAGGGCAAAAUCCCGAAGGAUGAGCAUAUUCUCCGGUUUCUGCGUGCCCGGGAUUUUAAUAUUGACAAAGCCAGAGAGAUCAUGUGCCAGUCUCUAACUUGGCGGAAGCAGCACCAGGUGGAUUACAUCCUGGACACCUGGACUCCACCCCAGGUCCUUCAGGAUUACUACGCUGGAGGCUGGCAUCACCAUGACAAAGACGGGCGACCGCUGUAUGUGCUCAGACUGGGGCAGAUGGACACCAAGGGCUUGGUGCGAGCCCUCGGAGAGGAAGCCCUGCUGCGAUACGUUCUUUCCAUAAACGAAGAAGGCCUAAGACGAUGUGAAGAAAAUACCAAAGUCUUCGGCCGACCGAUCAGCUCAUGGACCUGCCUGGUAGACCUUGAAGGACUGAACAUGCGCCAUCUGUGGAGACCUGGAGUCAAAGCUUUGCUGCGCAUCAUCGAGGUGGUGGAGGCCAACUACCCGGAGACGCUGGGCCGCCUGCUCAUCCUCCGAGCCCCCAGGGUCUUCCCUGUCCUCUGGACACUGGUUAGUCCAUUUAUUGACGACAACACAAGAAGGAAAUUCCUCAUUUAUGCGGGAAAUGACUAUCAGGGCCCUGGAGGCCUGCUGGAUUAUAUCGAUAAAGAGAUAAUUCCAGAUUUCCUGAGCGGGGAGUGCAUGUGUGAUGUACCAGAGGGUGGACUGGUCCCCAAAUCUCUGUACAGGACUGCAGAGGAGCUGGAAAAUGAGGACCUGAAGCUCUGGACAGAGACCAUCUACCAGUCUGCCAGCGUGUUCAAAGGAGCCCCGCAUGAGAUUCUCAUUCAGAUUGUGGACGCUGCCUCAGUGAUCACCUGGGAUUUUGACGUGUGCAAAGGGGACAUUGUUUUUAAUAUUUAUCACUCCAAGAGGUCUCCCCAGCCACCCAAGAAAGACGCGCUGGGGGCCCAUAGCAUCACCUCUCCGGGUGGGAACAACGUGCAGCUCAUAGACAAAGUGUGGCAGCUGGGCCGGGACUACAGCACGGUGGAGUCGCCGCUGAUCUGCAAAGAAGGAGAGAGUGUGCAGGGCUCCCAUGUGACCAGGUGGCCGGGUUUCUACAUCCUGCAGUGGAAGUUCCACAGCAUGCCAGCGUGUUCCGCCACCAACCUCCCCCGAGUGGACGACGUGCUGGCCUCCCUGCAGGUCUCCUCCCACAAGUGCAAAGUGAUGUACUACACAGAAGUGAUCGGGUCUGAGGAUUUCAGAGGCUCCAUGACCAGCCUGGAGUCCAGCCACAGUGGUUUCUCCCAGCUGAGUGCCGCCACCACCUCCUCCAGCCAAUCUCACUCCAGCUCCAUGAUUUCCAGCGAAUGACUUGUAUGACGUCCUGCAGAGACGAGCCGCCUCCUCCACGGAACUGAAGCUGCAGCAGGCAGCCCUUACACUGCGCCGCAGUCCUCGUGGCUCCCUGUUAGUGGAGGUGGCCUGUGGAUUCAGGACAGCCCUUGAGGUCCCUUUCCUCUGAGGACUCGGCAGCCUACAGGAGCACCCGGUCCUGGGGUGGAGCCAGCCCACUCCUAAGCAGACACGCUGCCCAGGAGGGGCUCUCAGGCUCCCCACAACUCCCGACAACACCGCCAUCAUUAAACAUUGCUUUCUCUUUCCUCCUCUUCAAAUCUUUUGAUAUUUUUCAGAGCAAAAUUUUUCUGUCCAUGAACUUGGGGAAGGGGAGGGUUCUAUUCUCCGCUGAAUGCUGUUUUUCCUUCCGCAGGUGGGCAGCUCUGUGCCCGCCAGUACCUAGGGUCCUCAGCCCUCAGCAUCCAGGAUCCCUAGUCCUUAGCACCCACCCAGUGUCUUCAGCCCUCAGCACCCAGGGUCCCCACCCCCAUAGCUCCCAGGAUCCUCAGCUCUCAGUGGGUGUUGGAAGUAGUGGGUGACACUUCCUUCUGGAAGUGUGGCAAAAGAGACUCCAAGAAUGCUCUCCAGGGUGGCGCAUGGCUUGUAGUGGCCUUGGGCGUGUGAUGGAUGUUGGGGUAUGUGCAGGUGCCGUUUGUGUGCAUGAGGGACAGGGGGUGGGGUGGGGGAGCAUGGUGGGACUUAAUUUGUUUUAUCAGCAUUUUAUAGAAGCAGACCAGAGGCUGGCUGGCUUUGUUUUUUUCUUUCUGAUCCCCACUUCCCAAAGCCUGCUGUCUGAGCAGGCCCUGACUUCACAGCUUUUAUGGGAAAGCUUAUUGCUUACAGAGCUGUCUGGAAGUUGCAGGUGGCUGAUCUCCAUGAGAAGGGCCUGGGAUCUCUGUGUGUGUGUGUGUGUGUGUGUGUGUGUGUGUGUGUGUGUGUGUGUGUGUGUGUGUGUGUGUUUGUGUGUGUUACACGUGUCUAAAGAUGGGUGCCAAACCCACACGGCCGUGAAUGUGUACGACAGGUGUGGAAUCAUGUGUUGAUGCCGCUCGGAGGCAUAGAUGGAUGUCUGUGAGCUUUGUAGAGGCUGUGGCAUGUCAGCAAGCAUGAGGAGAGUCUCCACAGCAGCCUGGCUUGGCCAGUGAGCCUACUGGCUCCCAGCACUCGCGUUGCUGGCCUCUGUGGCCCUUCGCCAUGCAUUCCCUGUGCAUGGGGCAGCCAUUUCUAGACAGCAUAGUAGGGCUAUAGUUACUACGUCCACGCUGCUUCCAGUUAGGGCUUCCCAGCUCCAAGUUAAAGGACCUGAAGAUGGCCCUGCUCUCUCUUUCUCUCCUGUCUCCCUCUCCCUUUCCCUCUCUCUGUGUCUCAGAUGGCGAUUUUGCUGACAGCCUCCAAGAAAACGCUUCACGCAACAGUCCACAUGUGCCCAGAGAUGCUUGUGGGACUGUUGAGUUGCAGCCAUGUCUCAGGCUGAAGAUCUGUCCCCUUAGUCCGUUCAGAAGUGGCCCUGCUCAGCGCCUCAGAACUGAGCUGAACGCAUGACCACACACUCACAGGCCUCUAGCCGCCCAGGCCACAGGGCACUGGCUGCCUUGGGAGGGUGACUGGGUGUGAUGUGAGUGUGUGCCGUGCACGUGUCCUAAAAUGCUGCUGUCUCGCCCUCCCACCCAGUCCCAGCUCUCUGGGUUCUCCCUCUGUUACUAGUGUCUUAAUUCUCUCUCCUUCCUGAACCCACUAUUUGCAUAUCAGAUUCUGUAAAUGUUUUAUAAACAUAUUACCUCACUCUUGGUAAUACAAUAUUGAUAGUCUUUAAAAGAUUUUUUAUUGUUACAGUAAUAAAUGUGAACUGUUUAA